UGCGGUUGCCAGAUUCCUUGGUGGCCUUUCGCCCGAAAUGGAAGUAUUGUUCAUGCAGAAUUACGAGUGGUUUUGUUAUUGAUCCGUGGAUGUUCAGACGAUCCGUGCAUGUUACUAAGCGGGCAUACUUCAGUGGUUAUAUGUAGUGGGCUUGGAUCAUUGUGUUCAUAUGUUUGUAUUAUGGCGGUUGUGUUCAGGGAGUAAUAAACUCGGGGACGUUUAUAUUGUGGUUGUUGUUUUCGUUUAUGACACAUUUAUUGCAGACUAUAAUUUAACGACAAUGCCCGCAGUGUUAGUUUCCAUUGAAGUUGAAAACUUCAAGUCCUACAAAGGAAGUGUGUCUAUUGGUCCUUUGAAGUCUUUCACAGCAGUAAUCGGACCAAAUGGUUCCGGAAAAUCCAAUUUUAUGGAUGCUGUCAGUUUUGUUAUGGGUGAGAAGACAUCCAGUUUAAGAGUGAAGAGACUGAGUGAUCUCAUUCAUGGUGCAUCAAUUGGUCAGCCUGUAUCUCGAACUGCGUCAGUGACAGCAGUAUUUGAGUUGGGAGAUGGAACGUUGAAACGAUUUACUAGAAUAGUGCAAGGAUCAUCCUCUGAACACCGAAUUAAUGGAGAGGCAGUGACGAGUCAAGUGUAUCUUCAGGAUCUGGAAAAAUUGGGCAUUAAUGCGAAGGCCAAGAAUUUCUUGGUGUUUCAAGGAGCAGUAGAGUCAAUUGCCAUGAAGAAUCCAAAAGAAAGAACAGCUCUGUUUGAAGAGAUCAGUGGGUCAGGUGUUCUGAAAGAUGAAUAUGAGCGUCUUCGUUCUGAGAUGCUGAAAGCAGAAGAGGAGACGCAGUUCACUUAUCAGAAGAAGAAAGGCAUUGCUGCUGAGCGGAAGGAAGCCAAGCUAGAGAAGGAAGAAGCUGAGAAAUAUCAAAGGCUGAAGGAAGAUUUAUCAGAUAAGCAGGUGGAGCUGCAAUUGUUCAGACUGUAUCACAAUGAGAAGGAUAUAGAGCGCCAUGAGCAGGAUCUAGAAAAGAAGCAACAUGAACAGAAAAAGGUGGAGAAGCGGAAAGAAAAGGCAGAGGAACAACUGAAAGAAAAGAAGAAAGAAUGUGGUAAACUUAGUCGAGAGUUAGCCAAAGUGGAACAAGAUAUUAGGGAGCUGGAAGUGGAGAUAAAUAAAAAGCGUCCAGCAUUCAUCAAGUCCAAGGAAAGAGUGGCACAUAUCCAGAAGAAAUUAGAUUCAGCACGUAAGUCUCUGGCACAAGCAAAGAAGGCAGAUGCAGCCCAUGAACAGGAUAUUCGUGAACUUGAGGAUGAGCUUGCUGAAGUGGACAGGAAAAGGAAAGAAUAUGAAGAUAUGGUGGCUGGAGAGUCCCAGAGUCAGGGCAAAGAUGUGCAUCUGGAAGAUGCUCAGGUUGCAGAGUACCACCGGCUGAAGGAGGAGGCUGGAAAGCAGUCAGCUAUGUACCUUCAGCAGCUGGACUCGGUCAAUCGAGAACAGAAAUCUGAUCAAGAUCGCUUGGAUAAUGAGUUCAGGAAGAAAGCUGAGUUGGAGAACCGUCUGCGACAGAAAGGGCAUGAGAAAGAUGAAGCUAUGAAGCGUGUUGAGAAACUAGCUGAACACAUAAAGAGUAGCGAGGCAGCCUUGGAAGAGCAGCGACGCAUGCGUGAGGAGUUGCAAUCAGAUGUUGGAAUGUCAAAGGAGAGGGUACAGGAGUUGCAGCGGGAGCUAGAGAGUGUUGUGGAACAGUUGGGUGAUGCUAGGGUUGACAAACAUGAGGACUCACGCCGUAAGAAGAAACAAGAAAUUGUUGAGAACUUCAAACGAUUAUAUCCUGGCGUGUUUGACCGUAUGAUCAAUAUGUGCCAGCCCAUCCACAAACGAUACAAUGUUGCCAUCACCAAGGUGCUUGGAAAGUAUAUGGAAGCAAUUGUUGUUGACACUGAGAAAACAGCCCGUCAGUGCAUCCAGUAUCUCAAAGAACAAAUGUUGGAGCCUGAAACCUUUCUUCCUCUGGAUUACAUUCAGGCAAAGCCACUUAAAGAACGAUUACGGAACAUCAAAGAACCACGUAAUGUGAAGCUGCUCUUUGAUGUGCUUCACUACGAUCCUUUGGAUAUUAAGCGAGCUGUCUUAUUUGCUACAAAUAAUGCCCUUGUUUGUGAAACACCUGAGGAUGCCAUGAAAGUUGCAUAUGAAAUGGAUAAGAACAGAUAUGAUGCUGUGGCUCUUGAUGGUACAUUUUACCAGAAAUCUGGAAUUAUCUCUGGUGGCAGCUUGGAUCUGGCUCGCAAAGCAAAACGCUGGGAUGAAAAACACAUGUCCCAACUGAAAGCUACUAAGGAAAAAUUGACUGAGGAGCUUCGGGACUCAAUGAAGAGGUCGCGCAAAGAAUCCGAACUAAACACAGUGGACUCUCAGAUUCGAGGUCUUGAAACCCGCCUGAAGUACUCCAAGACUGACAGAGAGAAAACGCUUCAGCAAAUCCAGCAGCUAGAAUUAGAACUGGAUGCAUUGAAGAACAAAUCUGAAAAUUUUGGGCCCACUAUUGCAGAAAUUGAGAAGACCAUGUUUGACAGAGGCAAUGAGAUUCAGCGAAUUAAGGAAAACAUGAACAAUGUUGAAGACAAAGUUUUUGCCAACUUUUGCGAACAAAUUGGUGUUGCCAACAUCCGUCAGUAUGAAGAGAGGGAACUCAGAACUCAACAAGAACGCAUGAAGAAAAGGAUGGAGUUCGAAAAUCAAAGAAAUCGGAUAUUGAAUCAACUGGAAUUUGAGAAGACAAGGGAUACAUCUAACAAUGUGCUGCGAUGGGAGCGGGCUGUACAAGAUGAUGAGGAUGAUCUUGAGACAGCCAAACAGUCAGAACAAAAACAAAUGGCAGACAUUGAACGUGACAUGCGCCGGCUGGAUGUUCUCAAAUCAGAACGUCUGGCUAAAAAGUCUGAAGUUGACAGUAUGGAGGAUCUAAUAGGAAAGGCUCGACGUGAAGUUGGGACAAUUGCCAAAGACAUUCAAGCCUCACAAAAGCAGGUGGCAGCACUGGAGGCAAAGAUUGAACAAAAGCGAGGGGAACGCCAUGCCAUCCUCAAGCAAUGCAAAAUGGAAGAUAUUGCCAUUCCCAUGCAACGUGGAAACAUGGAAGACAUUGCCCAAGAAACAUCAGCAAUGGAAACAUCAGAGACAUCUUCCAUGGAGACAGGUUCAACAAGCACACAACAAAUAUAUGACCGUGAGAGCAGGAUCGUGAUUGAUUAUACACAGUUACCUGAUAAUUUGAAAGAACAGGAUGAACCUGAGGAUGUAAAGAAGAUGGGAGAUCGUUUGAACCGUGCCAUUACUGAGCUGCAGAACACAAUUCAACGCAUUCAGGCUCCUAACAUGAGAGCAAUGCAGAAACUAGACAUGGCUAGAGAGAAGCUUCAAGAAACCAAUGAGGAAUUUGAAACUGCUCGUCGCCAUGCCCGCAAAGCUAAGCAAAAUUUUGAACGGGUAAAGAAAGAAAGGCACGAUCGUUUCAUGAAUUGCUUUGAGCAUGUUGCCAAUGAGAUUGACAACAUUUACAAGAGUCUUGCAAAGAAUCAGUCUGCACAAGCUUUUCUGGGUCCUGAGAACCCAGAGGAACCAUAUUUGGAUGGAAUUAAUUACAACUGUGUAGCACCAGGCAAGCGAUUCCAGCCGAUGUCUAACUUGUCUGGAGGAGAGAAAACUGUUGCAGCACUUGCUCUGCUGUUUGCAAUCCACAGCUACCAACCAUCUCCUUUCUUCGUCCUGGAUGAAAUUGAUGCAGCAUUGGACAACACAAACAUUGGUAAAGUGGCAAGCUACAUCCGUGACAAAACAGCAUCUCUGCAGACCAUAGUCAUAUCGUUGAAAGAGGAGUUCUACAGCCAUGCUGAUGCUCUCAUAGGCAUUUGCCCUGAUGUUGGAGAGUGUUUGAUAAGUAAGGUCUUAACCCUUGAUCUUACCCAGUUCCAAUCACAUCUGGAAGCCACAAAGUGAAAUGCUGGUUUACAUGAAUGUUUAUUUACAUUUUUGAGAAAUAUUUGCUAAAGUGGAAAAGUCUUUAACGUGUUCCUCUUUUGUAAAUCUUAAUUUAGCUGCAAACACCAUUCUAAUGGUGUAUACUUUGUGAUUUUUCCUAGAAUUUUAGGCAGCCUGUGCAUGGGAUCGUGCAUUUAUCCAGCAAGUUCUCUACAGGGGCUGUAAAUUAAUCUGAACUUGUGAAGAAAAUACAGGAUGUUCCAGGGGGAAAGGUCAAUAUUCUAGGAGGUCAUAGUAUCAGCCAUUUUAAGCAAAAGAGUGUAUAUGUACAUGUCCUAUAUGAACGGUUUCCAAGAUGGAGCUAUUUCACUCUACAUUUCCAAAAUUGUUGAUAAGAAAGAGACAUUACAUGCUGUUGCUAAUACCAGUGUUUAUUCUUCAAGUGACAAAGUUGGUAAGUUUACCUAGUAUAAUAAAUACAUUUUUUAAAAUUUCACAGUCAACAUGAAUGCACUCUGCUACUCAUGUGAGAACAUGGUGUGUUGCUCAUCUGAAUGCAUCUUGAUAUUCCUUUAUGCGGGCGAUAACAUCCAUUAUGUGAUUGAACAGUUUGUCUCACGUGUCAACUUCUUUCUGUACACUAUACCCUUCAUCCAAGCCCAUAAACAAAAAUCUAACAGGGUUAGGUCUGGAAAUCUUGGCCAGUUAAUGGUACUGCCUUGACUUAUCCACUGAUUAGGGAAAGUGUAAUUGAGAUGUUGCAUCGCAAAUUGGGUAUAAUGAGAAUGGGUUCCAUCAUACUGAAAGUAUAUAGCAAUCUGUAUAGGCAAAGGAAUAUCCCCUAGUUGUUCUGAUAAUCCAUUUUGCAGAAAGUCUAUGUAAUUAUGUUGUGUCAUGUGAUUGUCUAAAAUACCGGGACCAAUCAACAUGUCAUCAAUCAUACCACACCACACAUCGAUAGAGAAAGGACGUUGAAAAUUUGUUUCCACAGUGUCAUGUGGAUUGUUGUGAGACCAUCGAUGUGAUUUACGUGUGUUGUUGCUUCAAAUACGGGUGAAAGUAGCUUCAUCAGUGAACAUUAUUAGUGGAAGCAAUUGCAAUUAGUAUGUGGCCAAUGACAAAAUUCUAGGUGCAUGGCAUUGUCCCCUGGGUGUAGACUUUGCAAAUGCUGUGGGUGAAAUGUGUAGAAGCAGUCAUCAUGCAGUGUUUGCCAUACCCGUGUUCUUGAAACACCAAGACAUGUAUAGUUAAUGCCUUGUAACUUUAGCCAUGCAGAAAGGUAAACGCUGUUGUGGAGCACGCUUGCUGUGGUGACGUUUAGAGCUACUCCUCAAGCGGAAAACAUUGCCUACAGAGACCAGGAAUAGAUACACAAUGUACUAUACACCUGACCACACUUGAAGACACUACAUUGCAAACCAGUAGUACCCAUGCUGACAUAAGCUGAUAAGACUGCUCCGCCAGAGAUAGUAUGACCCCCCAUACCACGGCUAGAGUUCCGAGGAACUAACAGUAGAAAGUCUUUGCAUGCUAGUAGUAGGGCGAUGCUGUACCAUUUCAAUCAUUUUUUCCAGUUCAUCCACAUGUUGACAUGCUUGUUCAGAUGAAACAGGAGCACUGGGAAGUGUACCAAGUUCAUGAAAUGUAUUGAACACCUUGGAAAACACUGUGAUCCAGAAUUCUGCACAUAGAAAACCAUUGACAGUAUUCUUCAAUAGCAGCAGUGGUACUACCAUUGUAGAAGCCUUAAAUGUACAGCAUAUCAGCAUAUUUGGCAUUUGUCAAAAUGUGCAGCAUUUUUCACAAUACUCCUUCAGUGUCACUAUCAACAGCCACAAUGGCCAACUGAUGUUUCACACCAGUUCACACUCUUCAGGUGCUUCAAACAGUGGCACAGUAUGGUUGGAGGGAAGGUCAAUAUUGGGUGCCAAAUCCAGAUUGCUGUACAGUGAAUUAGCUCUAUCUUGGAAACUAUUCAGAAUAGGACAUGUGUACUAUAUGCUUUUGUUUAGAAUGACCAGUACUGUGACUGACCUUUCCUCUUGAGGGACUCUGUAUGCAUAAGCAGGUUGACUCUGGAAUGUCUGCCUCAGUCUUAUGCGUGCUGGCCAUUGUUGCCAGAUUGCCUCAGAACAGUUCAUACUCUUGGUCCUGGGGAUCACUGGUAUGCAUAUUGUGGGGUCAGUUGACUUUCAUAUUUUUUCCUAACCUGCCCCAUCAAAACUGUGAAGUUACAAAACUUUUCAGUUUCUGAUGUGGUAAUUAUUAGGUUGGUCAGUAAAAUUUGAGUCAAGUUCAUCACCAAUGACAGCACUGACCUCUUCAUUAAUACUAUCCGGGUUAUCAGUGACCAUAUUUACAUCUGCAGCUAUAAGAAAUGGCUGACCACUCAAUUUCUCAUCAGUUUUACGCCACACACCUAAUUUACCAGCAGAAUGAAUAUUAAUUUCAGAUGAAAAAUUUAAUUUUCAUCUGUAAAGUGUGAUUUACUGUCAUUUGCAAGAACAGGAUGUCAUGACCAUUUACUUGAACUAAUGGUGACUAAUCAGUGUCCAGUGUUUCUGUUUCACUCAUUUUGUCUUCAGAUAGAUCAGAAAACUGAUGUGCAUAAAAUUCUGACAGAAUAUCAUCAUCAGCUGUAAGUGUGCUGCAUAAGCCCAUCUUUGAUACUGAAGAAAUCAUAGAGCAAUAGUGGUAACAGAACAAAAUUAAUUAAUUAUUUGGCACUGUUCCAGUAACAAGAUUACAAGAGGUGUAUGGUCGGUGCUAUGGGCACCAAGUUGACUGAAGGGUACAAUGGUUUUGCAUAGUUACAAUAUUUAAGGCAUAGGUUACAAUUGCAGUUUUUUGUUUAAGAGCUGAAUGGAAAUAAUAGUAGCAUUAUUUUGCAUAAAAUUGUAUCUAAGGACAUAGGUUACAAGUGGUCUGUGUUUAUUAUUUGGAGACAUAACCAUCUUUCAUCAGGUUGCUAAUAACUGAUAUGAUCCAUGAACCAGAUCAACAAGCAUGCAGUGAAGAACAACACAGCUAACAGAAACUGGUGUAUGUGAUCCAUAGGAAUGCAUGAAAUUUUAAUCAUAACUUUCUAUAUGACCCAUCUACAUUGUGUUACUGUGAAAUAAUAUAACAUGCAAGAACAGUUGUGCAGAUGUAUACAUGGCUUAGGAACGAUAAAAAGAAGUGUUAUGCUAUAUUUUGCAGCUCACACUUGCAUGCAUAUCUUGUUUCAUGUCACAUACACUGUACCUGUAAUAAACAGAUGAGAGGAAGAGGAAACAAGGCAGUGGGCUAUGUUGUAAUCAAGCAUGACAACUUUAAAAUAAAGAUACUUGGUUCACUUUCACUCCAUACUCUUUAAUAUGCCAUCAUGAUCAUAAAUGUCUUGAACAGCAUUUUGUUUCCAGAGUGUAUCUGGGGUAACGUGACUAAUAAUUGUGGAUUUUAGAUUUGAUGACUGGAUUUAUUUGGUGUCACUAUCAAAAUUACACUUGAUUACAACAGUUCACUCAACUCCUUCUGGAUAACAAAUCCCUCUCUGCGUAGCUCUGCUUAUUCACUGCCGACUCACUCCUUCUGAUUCUGCUUCUGAACUGAUCUUUUAGCCCUGCUAGGCGGCUGGGAUAGGAAUCAGCUCAUUGAAGAUUUCUGUUUUUCAUAUCCAUGGUAACAAUCUGUUUAGAAGUUGUUACCAUGGAUAUGUCUUCAAUAGUUCCGUCAGAACCCAGAGUAACUCUGUAUUUCAUGUUACCACACGAAUGUGCUCUGCGAAACCCCACCCAGCAGGCAGGUUGCAGCUUUCAGGCCACAUGUCACAAUACCUGUACAGACUACCAAUUAUUAAUAAGUUGGGAUGAAAAACUGGAAGAACAGUUGUAAAAGUUGUGGGAAGUCAUGAAUUCAUUUUAUUUCAUACAAUACAUUUCCAUCUACAAUGCAACUUAUUAGUGUCCCCCUUUCUUCUCACAACAUGUUUCAACCAUACAUUGCCAUUAUCAGGUGUCUCUUAAUUUGCUAAAAUUGUUGCAUUGUAUGGUAUGUCCAACUUCUCAUAUUGUAUGUGAAUGCAAUAGCUCUUAAUUUAAAAUAAAUGGACUUUAAUUAAAUUCAAUAGAAACUAGUUAAAAUUUCAAUAUCUUGCUUGGGGGCAUCAUCCGUUCAUCCAAACGACAUUAUUUGAGGUCUCCUUGUUUGGAUUUAUUUCCUCAGCCGCAUGGAAACUACACAAUAACACACUAACACCCACUUUGCUGGUAUGAGCUACACUCAACACUAAGCUCAAAAGGGUUAAUGAAGCGUGUAGAAUAAACUUCCUUAGUAUUACACGGUGCUCAUAAAUUGCUCUUGAUUAGGAAUAAUUUUAUCAUGUAGUAUGUGUGACUAUAGGCGGGGGCCAGAUUGGUGACUCAAUUUAUUGACCACUUAUACACUUGUGAUUACACUUUACAGAUCACUGACUCACACCAGUCUCCUCAGUCUAUUUGUCUCCACUAGCCCCUUCCUGGCAACGGAUUUUUAUAUAGGAACUAUAACAGUCUCACUGAAGUACAUACUCCAGAUAUCACAAAUAGUCUUCUCUUUACAGCCACACUCUUGCGAAUAACUUUUUUUUUCCGCGGACUCUGUACAGAACUUAUCAACUAACUUUGUCCAUUGCUUAUAAUGUCUCAGCAUGAAAAAACAGAAAAUGCCAUUCAUCUAUUGUUGCUUUUCUAUUUGUUGCUACAGGACGUUUUUACUUAGCCAUUGCCCAGAAACGGCUGCAACGGAGACCACAGAAAACACCAUUCUUUUGUUGUUGCAGGUGUUACCUAGCAACAGACACUGUAUACAGUCACCGCUUAGCAACAGGUCUAUAUGCCACAUUGCUCCCUCCCAAGGGCUGUGCUUGUGACAUCUGUGAUUAAUCUCACCUUCCUCCCCGUGGCUUAUUUUUCAUGGUGAUUACUCUGCAAUCACUCCUACUGCUCCCUCAAGGCAGCUCCCUGAUAUGGUGCAAGUGGGUCCAGGUUUAUCACCAUCCUCCUCCUUUACCGAUUGGUGAGGGGUAACAGUUCCAAGAGUGGUCAGUGCUCCUACAACCAUGGCUCUUUUAUCUGCUGUUAGUGGUCUCUUCUUUUGUUUUGGAGAAGGCUGACCCCACCAUAAUGUGCUGACAUUCAUUUUUCAAAUCCUGGCAGAUCUGACUAUUCAUUUUAUAACAUUAAGGACAGUGUACUGAGGGCAUCAUACCAGGUUAGUUUAUGAACUGCAACAGCAGAUAAACCUGACUACCUCAGAACCCCUAAUAAUGUCAGCAGCAGUAACAUGGUAAACACCAUUCUUGACAGCAAGCUGCAAAACAGCUGGAUAACAUUCCUUUGUCUAAUGACAAACUAUGUGAAAUACAGGAAAUGACAUGAUGUAAAAGGACAGCUUCUUAUU